UCUGCCCCUCUUCUCUGUGUCCUGACUCCUUCACUUGGAAAAUACUUACCUGGCCUGCAGCCCUAGAAGCUCAAAGGUGGAGUCAGCCCCUUGGGAUGAGACACCUUCCUCCUCUCUACAUAUCCUGUCCCUGUUGCAUCUGGAGGGGUGGUGUCAAUGCAGGUGAUCCCCAGACAUGCCCCUUGGUUCCCUUGGGUGCCUCUGUUUCACGCUGAGUCAUGUCCCCGGAGCACAUCCAGGUAAACAAGCUCUUGGGGGCUUGGCGGGGAAGGGGAGCGAGGCGGCUCAUCCUCUCAACCAUUCUCUACCCCCACCCCUAGUCCUUGUAUCUCCUCUGGCAGCAGCUGCAACAGGCCCAGGGGGCUGUGACACCAUAUACCAGGGCUUUGCUGAGUGUCUCAUCCGCUUGGGAGACGGCAUGGGCAUCGGAGGCGAGCUGGAAACUGUCUGCAGGUCUUGGAAUGACUUCCACAUCUGUGCCUCCCGAGUCCUGUUGCGCUGUCCGGAGGAGGCUGCCGCCGUGUGGGAGUCACUGCAGCAAGAAGCUCGCCGGGCCCCACACCCAGAUAACUUGCAUGCUCUGUGUGGCACCCCUGUGCGCAUUAGGGAGCGUGGCACAGGCCCUGAGACCAACCAGGAGACGCUGCAGGCAACAGCAUCUGCACAUAGCCCAGCCCCUGCACCCCCACUGCUGGCAGCUGCUCUGGCACUCGCCUGCCUCCUGGGGCCUCUGGCCUAGCCAGUCUGGUGGAAUGGCGGCACCCCCUGCCUCCUACCCUGCUCUGGUGGCUGCUGCCGGGGCUCUGCAGAGUACCCCUGGCUUUCAUUAAAGGCAUUUAUAUUUGUA